CUUUUUAAAAAAUCUUUACUCCCUUCAUAGAGUUGAACUUCCUCUCUUUGCAGAAGAAUGGAUUUCUCGGAGGCCAAAAAGUUUAUGGUUCUUCUCUGGAAGAAUUUUAUUUUAAAGAGGCGGCGAUGUAUUGCUUUAGUUGUGGAAAUGGUCCUCACAUUUCUGUUUAGUGCCGCACUCUUGGCAGUACGCUCUGUUAUUGUUAUAAAGAAGAACGGACCUUUUGAUUUUACUGCUCAGCCUGUUGAUGAAGUGCCUUUCUACGUCACAGCUUCCUUAGCUUCUGCUUUCCCUUUGGAAUUGGCUUAUGUGCCUUCCAGAAGUACUGUGGUUCAGGGUAUUGUCGAAAGGGUGAAAAUGGAUUUAAACCCCCAAAUGAAAGUUCUAGGCUUUUCCACAGAAGAAGAAUUUGAAGACUACGUUAAGGAAGUAAAUAACUCUGAAAGGGUUAUGGCUGCUAUUGUUUUUGACCAUGACUUCAAAAAUAGCAAUGAUCCCCUGCCACUGAAGGUAAAAUAUUACCUGCGUUUUAGUAAUGAAAAGAAGAGCAAUAUGCUGGAAAAUAUUUAUGAAGAAGCAAGCUGGUUGACAGAUUUUCUCUUUCCACCUAUCCCUUCGGUGGGACCCAGAAACCAAGAUGAAGAUGGGGGGAGUCCUGGGUACAUCAGUGAAGGGUUCCUGUUUGUGCAACACUCCCUGGAUAAGGCCAUCAUGCAAUAUCAUAGCGGCCAAGCUGCAGAAAUGCUGUUUAGCAGUAUCAGUGUUGAUGUUCAGAGAUUUCCCUACCCAUCGUAUUACCAUGAUUUCUUCUUUAUGUUUUCUGGUGUUUUCAUUCCUUUAGUACUUGUAUGUAUCUUCUCUCUGAAUCAUCUUACCCUUGUUCAAUCCCUUGUGUGGGAAAAGGAACAUCGACUGAAGGAGUAUCAGCUCAUGAUAGGAGUCAGUAAUUGGAUGCUCUGGGUGGCCUAUUUCUUCACGUUCCUCUGUUUGUAUUCCAUUAUCAUCAUUUUUAUGUGCAUAGUUUUCUUUGUCAAGGCAAGUGUCUAUCUGACUGCAGCAUGUUGGGAUGAAAAUGUGGCUUUUGUUGACUCCACAGUUAAACCGGCACCAGUCAUCCAAAGCAGUGACCCAACCCUUAUCGUUAUCUUUUUGCUGUUUUAUGCCAUCGCCACAAUAUGCUUCAGCUUUAUGGUUAGCACUUUCUUCAGUAAAGUGAAUAUUGCAGUUGCUUUGGGAGGUUUGUUUUUUUUCGCCAUCUACUUUCCAGCUGCUGGCCUCCAUGUCUACUAUGGAAAUAUGACAUUUAUCCAGAAGCUGGCAGCCUGUCUCAGCUCAAAUUUUGCAAUGGCAUUGGGAGUUAAAUUUCUAGCUGAUGCAGAAACAUGGAGAGUUGGACUUAAAUGGAGUAACAUCUUCUCAUCAACUACACUGGAUAACUUUUAUUUUGCCCAUGUGCUGGGAAUGUUUUUAUUUGAUGCUUUCUUGUAUAGCCUUGUGGCCUGGUAUAUAGAAGCUGUCUUUCCAGGAAGCUAUGGUGUGCCCAAGCCGUGGAACUUUUUCUUACAGCACUCUUACUGGUUUGUGGAAUCACCUGAGAAAAAAACUGAAGUCAGUCAAUUUUAUGAGCAAAUGCAAAGCAAGUAUUUUGAAGCUGAACCAACUGAUUUGAGAGCAGGUAUCCAGAUCAAACAUUUGUGCAAGGUAUUCCAAACGCACAACACUACCAAAGUAGCUGUAAAUGACUUGUCUUUGAAUUUAUAUGAGGGGCAGAUCACUGUUCUUCUAGGACAUAAUGGGGCAGGAAAAUCCACCACUCUAUCCAUUCUCUCAGGUCUCUAUCCUCCCACAAGUGGAAAUGCCUAUAUUAAUGGAUACAGUAUCUCAAAGCAGAUGGUCCAGAUUAGGAAAUCACUGGGCUUGUGUCCCCAGCAGAACCUAUUGUUUAACUACUUGACGGUAUCAGAACACCUUCAUUUCUAUUCUGUGAUAAAAGGAGUACAUGGAAAGAUGACGCCUACUGAAAUUGACCGCAUGCUGACUACUUUUAACCUGCUAGAAAAGCGUAACAAAUUGUCAAAGUCACUGAGUGGAGGAAUGAAGCGCAAACUCUCCAUCAUUAUAGCACUUAUAGGGGGCUCCAAGGUAGUGAUACUUGAUGAGCCAACAUCUGGCAUGGACCCAGUCUCAAGGAGGGUCACCUGGGAUCUCCUGCAGCAUUUUAAACUUGAUCGUACCAUCCUACUGACCACCCACUACAUGGAUGAAGCUGAUGUUCUGGGUGACCGCAUAGCCAUCAUGGUCAAGGGAUCCGUGCGGUGCUGUGGCUCUUCAAUUUUCCUGAAAAAGAUAUAUGGUCUGUCUUAUGGGAAAUACAAAAUCGUUUUAUUUGUUCUUCUGCAUGGAUUUUUCUCAGGUGUGGGAUACCGCAUUGUCAUGGUGAAGACACCUGACUGUAAUGUUGAAGAAGUCUCAAAAUUAAUUCAUUAUUAUAUACCGACAGCCACUUUGGAGAAUGAUGUUGGAACUGAGUUAUCUUUUAUUCUGCCCAAAAAUUAUGCACACAGUUUUGAAGCUCUGUUUACUGCUCUGGAACAAGAACAAGAAAACCUGGGCAUUUCUAGCGUUGGUGCCUCUGUCACUACCAUGGAAGAAGUCUUCUUCAAGGUCGGUUACACGGAAGAGUCACAAACAGAUAUCGAAGCUCUGAAGUCUUCCUCCCAAAUGGGCCAAGCCUCCAACAGGAACCAGAAUAAGAACAUGUCAAGAAAUGUUGAGGGAGCAGAUCCUCCCACCCUGAAUGAAAGCCCUACUAUUAACUUUAAUACUGGGUGUUCUCUCUACAGCCAGCAGUUCUGUGCCAUGUUCGUAAAGAGGGUGAUGUUCAACUGGCGCAACUGGAAACUGCUUUUGUUACAGAUACUGGGACUCAUAGGCUCCCUUGCCUUUCUCUUAAGUUCUAGUAAAAAUUCUUCACAGCAUGAAAUGAUUAGGCAAAUGGAGUUGAGUCAAUAUGGUCAAACCAUUGUGCCCUUUUCUAUUUCUGGGGCUUCUAAUUUGACUGCAGAUCUCUCAGAACGCCUUAAGAGUAUGCUCAAGUCUGACAACCAAAGACCUCAGGAAGUACAAGGUGACCUACUGAAGUACUUGAGGGAAACAAAAGAUUGUAUUCGUUUAUGUAUCAUUGCACUUUCUAUUGAGUCGGAGGCAAAUAUGGUAAUGCUUACUGCUCUGUUCAACAAUGAAGCAUAUCAUUCACCAUCUGUGGCCCUGGCAGUGUUAGACAACAUUCUUUUCAAGUCACUUUCUGGUGCCAAUGCUUCCUUAACAGUCUCCAAUAAACCUCAGCCACUCCCUGAUAUUGAAGACAAUGAAGAGCUUCAAAGUGGACAAAAAUUGGCCAUAAAUUUACAAUUUGGCAUGGCUCUUUUGAUCAAUGGUUUUUGUCUCCUGACAGUGACUGAGAGAACCACUAAGGCGAAGCACAUCCAGUUUGUGAGUGGUGUCUCUGUCAUUGUGUACUGGCUUUCUGCCCUAUUGUGUGAUUUCAUCAUCUUCUUUGCCUCCUGCUGCUUAGUAAUGGGAGUGAUAAAAUACCGCAAGUUAGAUAUUUAUGUCACGGAUUACCACAUUCUGGAAACUAUGCUGAUCUUCACGCUGUAUGGCUGGUCUGCCAUUCCCUUUGUGUACCUGAUAAGCUUUGUGUUUUCUGGAAGUACUUCUGCCUACAUCAAACUUCUCCUACUCAGCUACUUUUCAGGCACUUUUGGUUUCCUCAUAGGCGAGAUAAUAGAAAACAAAAAGCUAACCAACAUCUCAAACACCACCAGAACCGUCGUACGUAAUUCAUUGCUGCUCUUUCCCAAUUACAACCUUGCAAAGUGCGUUAGUCAGUAUACAACUAUCUACGACGUGAAGAUAUUGUGCACCACCUUAAAGAAGCAUCCUGUCUACCUAAAUUGUAGCAAAGAAAAUACUGAGAAGAAUAUUUAUUCUUUGGAAGAGCCUAUGAUUGGAAAGUAUUUGAUUGACAUGAGUACUGCAGGCUUUAUUUUCCUUGUGUUGAUUUUCUUUUGGGAGACUACUUCAUGGAGACUAAGAACAUUCCUCAAUCAAUACAUUUACUUUGGUAUCUACAAGCGAUACAGGAAAGAUAUAGUGUCCAAGGAAUUAUCUGGGCAAUCUGAAGAUGAAGAUGUACAAAACGAAAGAAAGAGAAUCCUGGAGCAGUCUCAGGAGUUGCUGGAUUCUAUAGUACUUAUUAAAGAACUCAUAAAGAUAUAUUUUAAGUGCCCAGCCAUUCUGGCUGUAAAAAAUAUCUCCCUUGCAAUCCAAAAGGGGGAGUGCUUUGGAUUGCUUGGAUUCAAUGGAGCUGGAAAAACAACUACUUUCCAAAUUUUGACUGGGGAAGCGAGCCCUACCUCUGGAGAUGUGUUGAUUGAUGGCUUUAGCAUCACAAAAGAUAUCCUACAGGUAAGGUCAAGAAUUGGCUACUGUCCUCAAUUUGAUGCCUUGCUGGAAUAUAUGACUGCUCAAGAAAUAAUGAUUAUGUAUGCCAGAAUAUGGGGAGUCUCUGAGUCCCAGAUUAAGCUGUAUGUGAACAAAUGGUUGAAUUCACUGGAACUGGAGUCUCAUGCUGACAGGCUUAUCAGCACCUACAGUGAAGGAAACAAACGUAGGCUGAGUACUGCUAUUGCCCUAAUGGGAAGGUCUUCAGUCAUCUUCCUGGAUGAGCCAUCAACUGGCAUGGACCCAGUGGCCCGACGCCUGCUCUGGAACAUAGUGACAAAGACACGCGAAAGUGGAAAAGCCAUCGUUAUAACCUCCCACAGGUGUGGCUCACUGGGCGGCUUGGUUGAGGGCUAGCGAGAGAGUUGUAGUGGCUAUAAGAGGGAAUUAUUUAGGCCCAGUGGAUAAUAUUGGACAGUAAACUUGCCUGAGUAUGUUAGUUCCUCAUUAGGAAUUAGGAUUCAUGUUAAUCCUAAUAAAUCAAAUGACUAAAAAUCCUCAUUGAGUUUAACAAAAAAAGUGAGGAAAAGACAGGACUUCAGAAGAUGCUCUAUUUGAAAAUUGGGCACUAUGUUCUUUUUCAUUUGAAAAAUUCCCACUUCCCAUCGAUGAGUUUUAUGAUUGGAAAAAUACAACUUCUGAUUGAAAAUAGGGUCACAAAAUUCUGGCUCUGAUUGAACUACACAGUGUCCUCCAAAAGAGAACUUUUUACUCUUACAACAUUCUGCCCUUUUGUUUUGCAAGUAUGGAGGAAUGUGACGCCCUCUGUACCAGUCUAGCCAUCAUGGUGCAAGGGAAGUUCAUGUGCUUGGGCAGCCCUCAGCAUCUCAAGAACAAGUUUGGCAACAUUUACAUCCUGAAGGUCAAGGUCAAGACUAAAGAUAAAUUAGAGGAUUUUAAACGUUUUGUUACAACAACAUUUCCAGGUAAAUUAGGUUGUGCUACCUUUGUCAGAAGUGUAUUAAAUCAGCCCAGUGCAGUGGUUCACACCUGUAAUCCCAGCACUUUGGGAGGCUGAGGCGGGCAGGUCACUUGAGCUUAGGAGUUUGAGAAAUGUGUUAAAUCAUGUCUGUUGUUCUCACCAUCCAUAUGAUUUAUGUCUUCAAUACCAGUUUUCUGUGAGUUAUUGAUAGGUAUUGAUUUUCUAUAAUGUUCCUUUGGCAACGUUUGAUACUAUAAGUCUCUUGUGGCAGAUUAUGCUAAGUUUCACAAAAAACAGAGGCUCUCACAAACUCUUACAUCACCUAACAAGGCAGUUUUAUGUUUAUAAAUUAGUUGGGUGCAGUAGCUCACACCUGUACUUCCAGCAACUUGGUAGGCUAAGUCCAGAGAACUGCUCGAGCCCCAGGGUUUAGGCUGCAAUUAGCUAUGAUUGUGCUGUUGCACUCCAGUCUGGGUGACAGAGCAAGACCCCAUCUCUAAAAAAAUAAUGAUAAUAAAUAAAAACUAAAAAUAAAUUAUAUAUCUAAAGUCCUAUUUUAGCAUAAUUCUCAAUUAUUUUCACAGAUUAUUCAUGUCAAAUUUUAAGGUUUUUUCCUUCACACUACACAUACAACUUUAUGCUUUUACUGUCUGAGCUAGGAUAUGGUAUUGAAAUGCAAAUAAGAACGUUGCCAAAGGAACAUUAUAGAAAAUCAAUACCUAUCAAUAACUCACAGAAAACUGGUAUUGAAGACAUAAAUCAUAUGAAUGGUGAGAACAACAAAUACAAUUUAACACAUUUCUCAAGAACAUAUUUCUCUCCUUUCGAGAGUAGUUUGGUUUCUGAGUGCUGUUUCUUCAUGCUAAAUUCAGUAAGCACCUCUCUGCCUACAUGGAACAGUACAAGAGAGACCAUCCAUUUCGAUCUGUCUCUUAUCUCUCUUUCCUUAACCUAAAGCGUGGGCAUUGGCAAGGCUUUUAAUAAUUUUGGCUUUUCAUCUUAGUUUCCACUUCGGUAGGCUGAGCAAAAUACCACAGAAGGUCCUAUUGUGUGUUAGGCUAAGGGGUUGAAAAUUUGUCUCCUAGGCAAUGGAAAAUAGCAAAAUUGAUUACACAGUAAGAAUGAAAAUCAGGGUCAGGUACAGUGGCUCAUGCUUGUAAUCCCAGCACUUUGG